AUGAUUAUGAUUAUGUCGUUGGUGUUGAAGAUGACUGUGAUGACGACUGGGAUGCUUUUGCUAUCAAUAAUCAUUAUGCCCGUCCUCCUCGGCCUUAUCUCGCCUCAAGCUCUGCUUCAAUCGGCGUCUCCUGAGCUGCCCGUGCCACUGCCAACCUGUCUGAGGUUGCCCUAUUUGAUGCAUCGCGCCGGGUGCUCUGUGUGCAGUGAAUUUGUUGCCCCCAGUUGGUCGGUUUUUCAGGCACGCGAGUAG